UUACACUGUAUGCAGCAGCAACAAUUAUUUCAGAUCGUCCGAGGCCCAGAGAGCUAAUCCGUUCAAAACACUUGAACAUCCUGAAACUCCAGGUAACGAGAAGUUUCAAGAUUGCAGGAAUGACCUUUCAAAAAGAUAUAAGUUACGGAGUCACUCUUUAAAUCUUGGAAGAAUGGCUGUGCAAGGUAAAACGAUCGAAAUUAUUGGCGGAGAUGCGUACCGGCAUUUUCGAAAGGCAAUGGUGCCUUUUGCUACUGUACCAAAGAUACAGACCGCAGACAUCCCGCGCUGUUUAGAGCGCAAGGAAUUUCUAAACGGAAUUUCGCAAAGUGCGCAGAGACGAUGUUACACCGCAUUCUCUAAAUUGGAACUGUGCAAAAAUGCAGAAACGCAGACGGAUUACAGAGAGAGCGAGGCGCAAACCGAGCCUUGGGAGCCGCCGUGUAAAAUUGUUACAGGUCACAAUCCUGAAGUGCUGACGUUGGCUCAUCUAACUUGGGAGCACGGACUACCCGCAGGUGUCCACGAGGUGCACGUUAUCAACAGGAUGCGGAUGAGAAGAGCUUGGGAAGCUGUUCUACCGCCGAUGGAUACGCCGGGCAACAUAAAGAUGCGGAAUUCGAUAAUAACGGCGUUGGACGUAGACGAGUGGGCAUUUCGGGAGUCGGAGAUUCAAUUCAUAAUGGAUUUACGUCUGAACCUGAUGAGGGACCUCCUGCAGAAUCGUGAGUCAGAGCACGAGAAGAAAAUGCAGGGUCGUUUCGGUAGACUCGAGAGCAAACUUAGCAAAUGUCGGGACGGUCAAAUUAAGACCAUCAGGCAUAAUCUGAAACGAGACUUGCGAAAAUUACGUAUGAAGCAUCGCGACAGGCGACAGCCCCGUAAACCCGACAUAAUUGAACAGCAUAUCGACCCAAAAUCUGACCUGUACGCACCGCAAAUGCGUUUCGGCGAGCAUCCCCAAAGGCGGCACGAAACCUUGCAGAAACAACUCUUAAGCGAAAGCCAUGUUGAACAGGAAGAAGAAGAUACAACACUGAGUUGGUUGCCGAAUAUCGAGAAACCGAAAGCGAUUAAACAUGGGCCUAAACCAGUAGACAUUUGUGUACGAGAAACCAGAUGGACGGAGGAAAAACUAAAGCUGCUUCAUUCCGACCUGAAGGCCAUUCGAAUGAAAGUGAAAUCUGUGGACGAGAGUCCAAGAUUAGUGAGGCGUGAUCACGAACAGCCGGCUCUGCCCGUUACACCGCGCAGAUCGGGCACGUGGGACAAUAAGCAGAAACAACGUGAGGAGUCUGCUAUAUUUAUUCAGAAGCUUGUCAAAGGCAGAGCGAUACAAUGUCUGAUGCACAAAGGACGGGACAGAUGCAGAGAGCUGAUCGAAGAAUUGGAAUCGACUCAAUCGCUCGAGCAGGAAGAUCAGGAAGAUGAUGAAAAGACACGUAUAAUUAACUUGCGACAGCUGCAGAACGAUCAGUCAAUACAGGAAGAUCGUGUGUGCGAGAUUCUCGAUUCCUUAGAGGGGAAGACAGUCUGUGGGACGUUAGAUUUUCUCAGCAAGGAGCUAGUGAGAUUGGAAGACGAACGUAGAGCUCACGCUUUUGCCUUGCUCGCCGAAAGAGAACGAUGUAUGAGAGAAGCCGCCGAAGCUGGCAGGCGGCAAGCGGAACGUAAUCGACGACGAGAAUUCGACGAAAUGUUCAAGCAAAUCGUGAAGGUCCAUCAGGACUCUGUAGAAGUUUACUUGGAGGACAUUGUGAGGGAAGAAAUCGAUUGGAUGGCCGAUAAGGCGGCUAAAGAACAUAUCUUGGAAGUUUGCGACAAAGUGGAUGCUUUAUCGAAACAUGUUGCAGAAAACGCCGACAAGUUGGCAGAUGAGGAAUUGGUGGCGGAUAUGAUCUACAAUUUUGUCUUACCCGAGGUGGAAAAGCACAACAUGAGAGAAAAGAUUCGCGAUCAACAACAAAGUUAUAUGCGGGACGCGUAUAUGUUAAUUUACGAGAAAAUUUUAGACUUGCCACUCGAUGAACAAUCACAGGUUACGGAUCAAGAGACUUGUGUAAAAAAUGAGGCUACACAAGCGAGCCAUGUCGUUGAAGAUACGGAACAAGACAUCGAGACAAAAGAAAUAGAACUUCGCAUCCACGAAACGAAUACUCAAGAUGAAAAGCGAACAGAUUCAGAAACGGAUUCACAAAGCGAUCUUUGAAGAAAGCUGCACAAUACGUGUCGCAGAAAUCACUACUUUGAUCUGAAAAUACUAUUAUAUAUGUUUUUUAUAACAAAAGUAAAUCAUGGUAAUAAUAUAUUGCUGAAAAUAUAAAAGUUGUCUAUCAAACUUCUGAAUCGUAAUCGGAUCUAUUGCGCAAAUACCAAUUGAUAAAUAAAUAUAUCAACAUUGUAGUUUAAACAAUACAAACCAUUUUGGUUGACCGUUUUUUCUAUAUUAAAUUGACAUUACUCUAUCCUCUUGUGUAAUAUGUCUUAAUAAAUUAUUAACAGAUAAAUUAUCUCAGCUCACGUAUAUUGUAUUCCGAUAAAUAUUUUUUAUCUUACAGCGAAUUCGGUUGCUUGCACUAGUACACACUCGGUGCGCCGCACUAAAGCUUGUCUACAGUCAAUUCUUAUAUUUAAGAAUUAUUUCAAAUACCUCUUCAGAGGCUUCUUAGCCAGUAAAAUGAUCCGUACAGCAUCUGUACAAAUCACUUCUUGGGUAAAUACUCUUUCAACGUGUAUUUAAGACAAAGCUAAAUAUAAGAAUUGUGUAUGAACAAGUGUGCACUCAGUGCAUA